AUGACUUGUGGAUCUUACUGUGCUGGAGGCACCUUCAGUUGUGCCUCCGCCUGCGGGCCCCGGCCCGGCCGCUGCUGCAUCACCGCCGCCCCCUACCGCGGGGUCUCCUGCUACCGCGGCCUCACAGGGGGCUUUGGCAGCCAGAGCGUCUGCGGCACCUUCCGCUCUGGCUCCUGUGGACGCAGCUUCGGAUACCGCUCAGGCGGCGUGUGCGGGCCCAGCCCGCCCUGCAUCACCACCGUGUCCGUCAAUGAGAGCCUCCUCACGCCCCUCAACCUGGAGAUCGACCCCAAUGCGAAGUGCGUGAAGCAUGAGGAGAAGGAGCAGAUCAAGUGUCUUAACAGUAGGUUUGCUGCCUUCAUUGACAAGGUGCGCUUCCUGGAGCAGCAGAACAAGCUGCUGGAGACCAAGUGGCAGUACUACCAGAACCGCAAGUGCUGCGAGAGCAACCUGGAGCCGCUGUUUGAGGGCUACAUCGAGACGCUGAGGCGCGAGGCCGAGUGUGUGGAGGCCGACAGCGGGAGGCUGGCCUCAGAGCUGAACCACGUGCAGGAGGUGAUGGAGGGCUACAAGAAGAAGUAUGAGGAGGAAGUUUCUCUGAGAGCAACAGCUGAGAAUGAGUUUGUGGCUCUGAAGAAGGAUGUGGACUGCGCCUACCUCCGCAAGUCAGAUCUGGAGGCCAACGCAGAGGCCCUGACCGAGGAGAUUGACUUCCUGCGGCGACUGUAUGAGGAGGAGAUCCGUGUCCUCCACGCCCACAUCUCAGACACCUCAGUUGUUGUCAAAAUGGACAACAGCCGGGACCUGAACCUAGACUGCAUCAUUGCUGAGAUCAAGGCUCAGUAUGACGACAUCGCCAGCCGCAGCCGGGCCGAGGCCGAGUCCUGGUACCGCAGCAAGUGCGAGGAGAUGAAGGCCACAGUGAUCCGUCACGGGGAGACCCUGCGCCGCACCAAGGAGGAGAUCAAUGAGCUGAACCGCAUGAUCCAGAGGCUGACCGCUGAGGUUGAGAAUGCCAAGUGCCAGAACACCAAGCUGGAGACUGCUGUGAAGCAAUCAGAGCAGCAGGGUGAGACAGCCAUCAGUGAUGCCCGCUGCAAGCUGGCCGAGCUGGAGGCCGCCCUGCAGAAGGCCAAGCAGGACAUGGCCUGCCUGCUCAAGGAGUACCAGGAGGUGAUGAACUCCAAGCUGGGCCUGGACAUCGAGAUCGCCACCUACAGGCGCCUGCUGGAGGGCGAGGAGCAGAGGCUGUGUGAGGGCGUCGGCUCCGUGAAUGUCUGCGUCAGCAGCUCCCGCGGUGGCGUCGUCUGUGGCGAUCUCUGCGCACGCGGUACUGCCCCUGCUGUCACCACCAGCGUGUGUAACGCCCCCUGCUGCGGCAACGUGGUGGUGGGCACCGCCAACUCCUGCAGCUCGGGCUGCAACAGGUGCUAGGAGGCUGCAGCCUCUGCCAGCGCGCAUCACCCGCACCCUCCGCCCAGCCAGGACCUCGAGAACCCGGAACGCCCCUCCCGCUGCCCCACGCAUCGCCAGCGCUGGCCUCCCAAGAACCAGUCCCCAGAUGUGCACAGGCUGCGUGUCCUCCCGACCCGCUCCCUCUGUGCGCCAUUCCCAGGCGCCCUGGGCCCGGGGAGGCUGGGGCAGCACCUUGGUCUCUUUCUGUCGCCUUUCUCAGUAGUCAGUUUGCUUUCCUGAGGAUUCAUCCUUUCCUCUGCUUUCUGUUUUUUUCUGGAUUCAUUGGUCCUGCUUGACCCCUUACCCAAGCUUGGAGGAGCGGCCCCCAGAAUCUCCCUGUGCUUGUACCUGCGGAACAGAGCUGGGGAACGCGGGUGGUGGUUUCCCAUGACGCUGUGAGGGCUGCCUGCAGGAGCUUCUAAAAAGCCAGUGACUCAACUGCCAGCAACUUCGUUUGUCCUUGUUUCACUCUGUGUUUCCAAUAAACUUAUU